AUGGCCAACAACCCAGAGCUGAACCGAGUGCAAAAAGCAAAAAGGCGUGUCGAAAAGGUCCUUGGAAUCCAGGCCGAUAAUUUGAUCUGCGCCGAUCAGCGAAGCGAACGGGGUCUUUCCAUCAAUACAGCCGAAGCUCUUGCUAUGGCCGCCUUGAAGAUGAGAAACUCGCCAAAUCUUGUUAGCAGCUUCAAAGACCUGCUGUAUGAAAACUGUCGUGCACGUGGGGAAAAAAAGCUUGUCAAUUCUGUAGAUAUCCAUAAGACCUUACAGUGCUUGGGGUUGGAUGGCCAAAAGGAGCGCAAGCGCCACAAAAGGUAUUUGGACUUGAUCAAAUCCUCGCACUACGUAGCCGACCCUUCACUGUAUGCGCAAAAAGUCGGUGAGCUCGAGGCAUCUAUUGCCGGAAUCACAAAGCUCGUCAAAAGCUUGGAAAACAUGGUCGUCAAAAGCCCGGAGCUCACCAGCUCACAGCAUAGGGCCGCUAUAGAAGGUUAUAACAGCACCCUUGAAACUAAGGUUCGGGAGCUCAAAGCCUGCCAAUCUGAAAUGGACAGGGUCAACCGAGAUUUGCGUAAUGCGGAGGUAGCCUUUAACCAGGCAGAACAGCUAGCGAACGAGGCGGCAGACGCGGAUAGGAAAGCCAUACUCGAGCAAAAUGCCACUGCAAUCUUGCUCGUAUCUUGGACAGUAUGCGCCCGGGGCAUUGAAGCCGUUGGAGCAUUAUCAAACGAUCAUCCUGAGAAAUUCCAAAAACUUUCAGAAGCGAGUCUCGCUGUAGCUUUGUUAUUAAAACCGGUAACGCCCCUAAGGUCGGAGGAAAAUGUAGUGGUUUGA